AGAAGAAUCAAAACCAGAUGAUAGCAUUUAUGCCUCUGAGCUUUUACCAAAGGAGAGUUCUGGACCAGUGGCUCUUUCUUUCAGAAGAGCAAAACAGUUGAUUUCCUUGUAUACCAUGGCUCAAAAUCCAAACAUGACCCACUUGGAGCUAGGUGAAGUGGUUGCGCUUCCUCCCCUCUGGAUAAGGUGUGACGGUUCUGAUCCUGAACAUACCUAUUGGCUUGGAGCUGAGCCUCUCAAAGCUGGAAACAAAAUCACAGGGAUCAAUUUGUAUAUGGUUACAUGUGAUGGUCCUACAGCUGAUAAAACCUGUUUUGCAAACCUGGAAGAGCUCAAAAUGGAACAUAAAAUAAAUCAUCAUUCAUCUGUUGUGACAACAAAAGGAUUUGCUCAGUAUGAACUUAUCAGAGCUGCUGCAAUUGAGGACACAACUGUAGAAUCUGAAAGCAGUAUCUGUGUUGAUAUUACAUGGAAUACUGUAGAUAAGAUUCUGGAGACACCCCCACUAAUUUCGGCUGCCACACUGAAUAUUGGCCUGGAGUCUGGGGACCCCAGAAGUCCUGUGUAUCAGCUAUACAGGGAACUGCAGUUUCUCCUUGGUUUGGCUGAAGGUUUGAAGACGGGUGUGACCGAGUGGCCUGAACUGUUAGAGUCUGAACCUGCUUUUGAACUGGUCCAGGAAUUUCUGACUGAUUUAAAGAAGCAGCUGGAUGGAUAUUGUGUGUCUGGAAACAAGGAUGGAACGGAGAAAAUCAGAUGCGACACAGAGGCAGUGGACAGUUCAAUGAAAUCAAUCUUCAGUGAGCGAGGAGACCUGGAUUUUGCUGAACAAUUAUGGUGCAAAAUGAAAAGUGUCUGUUCCUAUCAGGAGUUGGUAAUGUGUUUCACACUGAUCCUAAAAUCCCUGGAACGUGGUGAGAUACAGCCCUGGAUUCAUCACGGGAGUAGCAGUUUGCUGAGUAAAUUGAUUCAACAGUCUUACCAUGGAAAGAUAGAGGCCGUUGCCCUCACUGGCAUCACUCCGAUUCAAAUGCUUUUGGAGAUUGGUUUGGAUAAGAUGAAGAAGGAUUAUGUCAGUUAUUUCAUAGGCCAGGAACUUGCAACAUUGACCUACUUGGAUUACUUCAUUUCCACGUCGGUGGAUUUACAAGAGCAAGUUCAUCGUGUUCAAAAGCUUCACCAUAUGUUGGAAAUAAUGGUCAGCUGUACAGUCCUACUUCAGUUCAAACACGAGAACCUCUUCCCUUUGACACAAAUCUGCAUGAAGUAUUAUAGGGAAAACCCUCUAGAUGAGAAGCAUGUGUUUCAACUCCCCAUCAGAUCAGCUCUCGUCAACAAGUUCUAUCAAGAUGAUCACCCAAAAGUAUGGAAGGUGGACAUAAGUAGCGGGCAUGGACCGAAGGAGGUUAAAACAACAUGGCAAGUUACUACUAAUCCUCUGGUUGAACAUAUGACAUCAAACAAUACAGGUCUCUUGUCCGAUUCCACGGUUGCUGGAAGCAGCGAAGAAAGCAUGUAUUUUAUUACAGUGGUUAAGUGCAGUCAGGUGCAGUUCACAUAAAUGCAAGUUUCUCUGCAGGCAGGCACUUGAAAGGUACAGUAAAGGGGAAAGCUCAGUCUUAUCUGUGUCCCAACAGUAUUUUUAGAAACACUCUGUGAUUUGAAGAACCGUACAUCUUACUGAGUUACUUGCUUUAGUGUGCUCCAAGUGUGGCUGACAUACAUGGUCUUAAUUCUUGUGUUCGCACCCAGUUUGUUAUAAAUGUUGUGCAAUGAUGACUGUACAGCAUAAUGAUUUUGAAAAUGUAGUGGGUAUUUUUGUUCUUAUCUUUACGAACAUUCAAUAAAGCGCUGCACUUUGGGGGUUUAAA